GAGUCAUAUUGGCGCAGAGGUGGGGCUGACAGAAUCCCCUCGACAACUCUGAGAUCGCCCGAGCCUUGCCGACGCAAGCAUACCAGAAUAGAUACCUCAGAACGUUGUCGCCCACAGCUCAUUUUUACCAACGAUGGCAGGCGUCCAAGGAUCUGGUUACUACGACCGCCAAUACCGCCAGUCCCCUGCCUUGAUCCGAGCUCGCCGCCCAUAUCUAGUGAAGAACGCAGUCACUGGCAUGGCGAUCGCUGCUUUCGCCGUCGGAGUCUACGCCUACACUAUCCACGCCAUCGGUCAGGACGAGUUUGAGGAUGUCAAGGUGCCAGAGACCCCGAGGGCAUCGGAAAUAAAAAUGCAGCGCCCACAGGCCUCCAAGUGAUAGACUUAGGCCCUCGGCUCGGAACCCCCCAAGGCGGAAAAAAACGGCAUAUCUCUCCCAUCUGCGUCUGAUGUAGCCUCGCGUAGCGGACAUUUGCCGAAAUCGUGGAUCCGAUUCACACAUCUGGCUUGGGGCUUGGUUCUCAGGGAGGGCGGGAAUAAUGGUCCCCGGUGAGAAACCAAGCAUAUGCCAGGGCGUGGGAUCACGGGUUCAGCGGCCUGCACACGAUUACACGGGGCGCUAAGUGCUCAGCCGAGUCCUGAGGCCAUGUAUAUACCCACAUUGAAGCCCUGGUCAAGGGGGCUCAGUGGUAUCUUUCACUUACAAAAGCCAAAGUUGCAAACGACACAUCCCCACUCAUAUCUAUUUACGUACCUAUAGCCCCAAGACAUGUUCUACAGAGCAUGAAGUCGCGGUACGG